AUGAAUCACGAACGUAAUUUCGAGGAGCACAUAGUACAAGAAAACACCAUGACGAACCCUGUAACAUUUGUGUUACAGUUCCUGGCAUCAUAUGGAUGGUACAUCAUCGGUGCCUCGGCUGCUCUCCUCUAUGUAUGCCACAAACUACGUCCACGUUAUGAACAAUGGAAGCAAGCUCGGGAAGAUGCAGAGUACCACAAAGAUCCAGACAAGGCUCUGGCCCGCAUGGAGGCGAUACAACGCGCGCGCGACAAACAACAACAACUAUUGCUGGAAGCAUCGCAGCGAGCCCUCGAGCAACAGAAAGAGCGUGAGGAGCGCAAGCGACAAGAGAUGGCGGAGCGAUUGGAGAAAUAUGGCGCGGCCACACAAGCGGGGCACAGGCUGGGCACCGGCGGGGACGAUUACUUGCCGCUGAGUGGUGGGGGUGGGGGCGCGUCCUCGUACCGCGCCCCCAAGCGGUCGGCCUGCGGGGGGGGCGGCUGCGGACGGUAG